AUGGGUUUUUUCGCAGCUGGCACAACCGUGGCCAUCGAUGGGCAGACCUUCUUUGUAGUCAGCGAGGUUGACGCAACCGAUUCACAUUCGAAUUUGGUGGAGAUCAAGAGCUCCAAGACAGAACAGAUCGUGAAGCAUUCAGCGGUGCUCCAAAUCGCACUGAAUGGCAGUGAGCACAUCCUGGGGUGCAAGUUGGAUGACAGUCAAACACGGCUUCUCUCUGUCAAGUGGUUCUCGGCUGAGGAGAUUCAGCAGGAUCACGAAAAGAGUUUCACUCAGGCAGGGCAGCAUGUCCGAUAUAUGUUGCGCAAGGUGUCGGAUUUCCUGAAGCACAACAAGUCCGAUGCCAAACAUGAGGAGAAGAUGGAACAGGUGGUCUGGAAGUUGACCUUCGAUGCCUCCAAUGGCAAGCUUCCAUCCUUUGAGAUAGCCACAGACGUGGAGGUCCUACCGGCAGGCCACAUUGCAGAUUGA